CAACCCCUCCCUCUCCUGACCUUGGUGCCUUAGACGACCAAGAGGAUCAGAAACUGCGGGACAGAGUGGUGGGCAAAGUUCUGCACAAAUUCAAUGUGGAAUACACCCGUGACACUGUGAUUGGUCUAGAGCGUGAGAUGGAGUAUCACAUCGCUGUCGUUAACCUUCACAGUGAUCUGUGCGCCGGCCCGAAUGAGAGCUGUGCGUCUCUCACUCGAGCGAGUUUUACGUUUCUGCACAUUUCAUGUAUCCUAGCACACCACCACGCAUCGUUCCGUGUGAAGUCAGCCUACGCCAAUCUGCUGGCAGCCAUUUAUCUGCGGCCGUUGGCUGACACGCAGUUGACGCGCGAUGACAUGGUCACCAUCCUGCAGACCUUUGUGGAGGAGUUGGAGGCUAUUUGCGCGUGUGUGGUGGGUGUUUUUGGGGGUCUGGGUGCUGUUUCGCCACAGAUUAUACCGGCAAGUUCGCAGUCAGGGAUCAGCAGCCAAGUUUCGUCGCCGGUGGCGGG